UUCAUGCUGGAAUGCGUAAUCAUACCAGAAAGUAGAAUCUGAUGCGAAUAAUUAAACUUUUCACCUUCAACGACGUAAUAAAAAUUCUGUUAUCCUUUGAUCCACACCCUCGAAAUAUGUCAUCGAGUCUUCGUACAUUGGCAUCACUGAUGCUUCUUUCCAGAUGGUUUCUCCAGUGACUAAUUCGUAAUAGUCAAAGUCGGAAAAGAGUGCUUUUUAAGCCGGUGCAUGUUCCUGAAAUGAAUUUUUAAACUUUGGUAAGACCAUGAUCGAAAGCGGGAAAGAUUUUGUGCUCGAACAACGUCUAUUUUGACAUCGAUAACGCUACUCGUUUAUUCGAUGUUUACGUGAAAACGUACCUCUCGUUAAACAUCGAUAAUUCAAAGAAUUUAACACGAAAAUCUUAUUAAACGCUUUUCGUUCUAAUUGAAAUAUAUUCUCAAAAAUGUAUACCGUAAAAUAUAUUGCGAUUGUGCUUAAUCGUCAGUUACGUCUACCCACAUGUUUUUACGAUAUUGGGUGUACUUGUUUGCUACACUCGUUCUGUUUUUAAGUUGUUAAGUCACCGUACAUUGCUCUCAAACUUACGAUGUUGAUCGACGAAUUAAAAAUAUAAAUGACUUAAGGACCUAUCGUACUAAAGUGCAUACGAACUUGGCGCAAAUUAUUGCUCACAGAACAUAAAGCGAUUGUAGCUUUACAUUAAAAGCUUUUACUCUCAUUGGCAUAGAAAUUACAUAAUGACAGAGUACAAGCUCGUAGUUGUGGGAGCUGGAGGUGUUGGCAAAUCUGCGCUUACUAUUCAAUUGAUUCAGAAUCAUUUUGUAGAUGAAUAUGAUCCCACUAUAGAAGACUCGUAUAGAAAACAAGUUGUUAUAGAUGGAGAGACAUGCCUUUUAGAUAUAUUAGACACAGCUGGUCAAGAAGAAUAUAGUGCAAUGAGAGAUCAAUAUAUGAGGACUGGAGAAGGAUUUUUAUUAGUGUUUGCUGUAAAUUCAGCUAAAAGUUUUGAAGAUAUAGGUACAUAUAGGGAACAAAUAAAAAGAGUAAAAGAUGCGGAAGAAGUACCAAUGGUAUUGGUAGGAAAUAAAUGUGAUCUUCAGCAAUCCUGGGCAGUAAAUAUGACACAAGCAAGAGAAGUUGCCCGUCAGUAUGGUGUGCCUUUUGUUGAAACUUCAGCUAAAACUAGGAUGGGAGUAGAUGAUGCUUUUUAUACUCUGGUGAGAGAAAUACGGAAAGAUAAAGAACAUAGAGGUAAAGAAAAAAAGAAACGAAUGAAGACAGGUAACUCAAGCCGUAGGAGACAUCGAUGCUGUUUGCUUUAAAUCACUGAAUAACGUUAAUUCUCUCAUUCGAUACAUUAAUAUGGAAAUAGAUUGUAAAAAACAUUAGAUUAUGUUCACUUUACGCACAUUUUUGCAGCUUCCUCUAUAGAAUAUUGUA